AUGGAUAAAAAUCCACUCUUAUGUGAACCAAAUAAUAUAUCGUGUUCACAAAAAUCUAAAAUAACAGAUGUCGAUAAAACUUUUCGUUUAUAUUCAUUUGAUAUGAUACCGGAAUAUCUUCAAUCAAAUCCAUAUAUUCGAACUGGUUAUCGACAUGGUUUAAAUUUUAAAGGUUGUUUAACAAGUUUAAUUCAUCUGAAUAAUGAAUCGGUGAAUGUUUGGUCGCAUUUAAUUGGUGCUGGUCUUUUUAUUUAUUUUUUCUUACAUGAUAUUUAUAUAGGUAAAGCUAUACCAUAUAUGUUAUCAUCAACUAGUUAUUAUUUCGUAUUAUUCUAUACUUUUACUAUUAUUAUAUGUAUGCUUUGUUCUGUUGUCUUUCAUCUUUUCAAUUGUAUAUCACCAAGACAUUGUGAUGAUUUUCUUAAAGUAGAUCUAUGUGGUAUUGGAUUUGGUAUUCUCGGUUGUUAUUUAUGUGGUCUUCAUUUAACAUUUGAAUGUUACGAAAAUUGGAGAAUGCGGUAUGUAACAAUAAUUAUUGGUAUUAUGUUUAUUACUGUUAUUUAUUAUAUACAUGGAGUAAAACGAUAUUUAUCACAAAAUAUUCAUGUAAUUUUAUUUAUGGUUAUAUCACUUUUUGGUAUAUUACCAGCUUUACAUUGGUAUUAUCUUCAUGGUGGUUGGUCAAAUCAAUUUGUUCAAUAUUUUUUACCGAAAUUAAUUAUAUUUUAUGGGCUUUUAAGUAUUGGUGUAUUGGCAUAUUUAACAAAAAUUCCUGAAAGAUUUUUUCCAGGAUAUUUUGAUAUUUUAUUUUCAAGCCAUCAAAUCUGGCAUUUUGCAACAUUGGCUGCAUUUAUUUGGUGGUAUAGAAAUGGUAUACUAUUAAUGCAUUAUCGUCUGAUAAAUCCUUGUGAUGCUCAAUGA